AUGUGCAUUAUAAUUUUCACUUUUUAUAUCUUCUGUUUAUUCCUUUCUUACUCAUUCUUCUCCAUAUAUUUUUCUUAUCAUUUCUUUCUUUCUUUCUUUCUUUUAGUUUUUCAUUUGAGUUUAAAUUCAUUCUUUUUACUUCUUCUUUUUCAUUUUUAUUCUUCCUCUCCGCCAAUUUCAUAUCCUUUCUUUUUUUUCUUUCUUUCUUUCUUUCUUUCUUUCUUUCUUUCUUUCUUUAUUUAUUUAUUUAUUUAUGUAUUUAUUUAUUUAAUUUCACACCCAUUGAUCCGUUUUGAUUUCUUUCUCUCUUUUCUUUUUCUUUCUUUCACUGACAAUUAUUCUGUUCCAUUUAAAUUUUUAAUCUUAAUUCUUUUUCCUUUUCUUUUUUCUGUCUCCUUCAAUGUCUUUCUUUCUUUCUUUCUUUCUUUCUUAUCCGCUUUUCUACUUAGUGUUAUUCUUUUAUUUGUAAAUAUUUACUUUUUUUAUUUCUUUUUCUUUUUCAUUUCUCUUUCAUCUUCAUAUACUUUUCUUUCUUUCUUUUUUCCUCUUAUUUUUCCAUUUUUUUUCACAACUUCCGACUACUUUUCAUUUUACUUUCCUCCUUUUUUCCCCCACAUUUUCUUUCGUUUCUCUUAA